UGUAAUCAGAUCUGAACAUAUUCUCAAUCUGAUCACGUCGGGAGAGGCUUCGUCUCUUUUCUUCCUCUUUUUUCCACAGGUUUGUGUGAAACUGGAUUACGCUUUUGCAGAAGACCGACGAGAGAAAAUAAGCAAUGAAUUGAUUUUAUUUUUUUUAUUAUUUGUCUCCUGAAGCACCGUUUCUGUUUCUGGCAGUGCAUGUCGAAGGAGGUCUGAUCGCGACAUACUAGCCCGUCCUUCAAAGGUUUCUGUUUUCACAGCAAUAGCUACUUUUUGAUUUCAUCUACUUAAUAAAUCUGACAACUGCCCCCAUAAAAUGUAAAGAAGUGGCUGUUAAUAGAGGAACGACCGAGCGGGAGGAGAGGACGAACGCUUCAGCACCCUGGCUAGUUACUCCUCUGCAGGUGAGCGGAGUGGAGCGCUUCAGCACCUAAGAGACUCUUUGACUUGUGAACGAGUCUCAUCCUUCAACUCGGGACGCGAAGUGACCUCAGAUCGCCCGAGCGGAACCCAAGGAGAUACCCUGAGAGGAGGGGGAGGGCGAGGGUGAGAUACCUGAUAUCUGUUUUAAACCUUUAGGAUGACAUCAAGACAGCACCUGUCAAAGCCAGAGCAGGGGAAACACCUCGGGUCUCCUCGGCGCAUCCACUGGAAAUAUACGUCAGUUCAGGUGAAUUCCUUCACUCCGCGCUAGAAGCUGGCCAUCCUAAUGGAAUCGCUUAGCACAGAUAAUGUAUAUGGAAUACUUUUUAUAAUGGUUAGUUGUUCUUUACCUAGACGUUCCCCAGUUAAGAGAGACCUUUCGGACCAGAGGAUCUCUUAUCGUGUUUAAUGUUUCAGAUGUCCUCUAUUGAAGACACGCUUCCAGUACUCAAGAAAGCCAAACAUGACAUCGGUUUGGAUCUGGAUGAAUGCAGUCAAUUAUUUGUACACGUUUUGAAGAUAUUUUAUUCAAGAAAAAAACUAAAAGACUGUUACAACGCCACCUUUCACCAUAUAGGUACUCCACUGUAACUUUUUGACGGUCUUCACCAAUGUUUCAUGGUCCUUAAAGUACAUUUUUGGUUUAUUGGACCUAUGAAAUUUAACAUCUUUUCUGGUUUAGCAAAAAUAAAGGAUGCUAAUCAAUCAGAAGAACAUCUCUGCUAUCACAGAUUCUCCAAGUCUCACAUUGUAAAAAGGAAGUGUGAAGUGACCAUCUGAACAUCACACCACAACAUCCGUCCAAAUUUACUUGGAAAAAUCGGUGACGUUCUUGAAAUCAACCACACAAUUGUGCUAUUGUCGCUUGUGGGUUAAGGAAACUCUCUUGUCAGUGCUUUGUGCAUCUGGGGAUUUUCUGCCAUAGAAAAGCCACCCUGGAAGGUCAUUCUGGGCUGCAGUGAGGCGUCAUGGCCAAUGAACCGGUCAUUCUCAAUGUUUAUGACAUGUAUUGGAUAAAUGAAUACACCUCAACUCUGGGUAUCGGAGUCUUCCACUCCGGCAUUGAAAUCUAUGGGCGAGAGUUUGCCUAUGGAGGGCACCCUUAUCCUUUCAGUGGAAUCUUUGAAAUCACUCCAGGAAAUGCAGCUGAGCUCGGGGAGACCUUCAAAUUCAAAGAGGCCAUUGCACUCGGAACAACAGACUUCACAGAGGAGGACAUUGAGAAGAUCAUGGAGGAACUGGGGAAGGAGUUUAAAGGCAACGCCUAUCACCUAAUGCAUAAGAACUGCAAUCACUUUUCUUCAUCUUUGGCUGAGCUCCUGUGUGGCAGGGAUAUCCCACGCUGGGUGAAUCGCCUGGCCUACUUCAGCUCUUGUAUUCCCUUUCUUCAAAGUUGCCUUCCUAAGGAGUGGUUGACCCCUGCUGCCCUUCAAAGCCACAUCAGCUUGGAACUGCACAAAGAGGAGCAGGCCAACUCGAGCGAAGAUGAAUCACCAACCAGCGCAGCCGGAGCUGCGGGGCCAGGAACGUCACGCAGCUGCCGCCAUACUCGCGUGUGAAAUCGUCACCUUCCUCCCUCCAUUUUUCUAAUUCUGAAAAGGAGCUGGGGGACUGCCGCAUGUCAUUUGUUCACGCCUUUAGAAGGGUUUUUUUUAAUAAGGCACUUUGACCUGUGGCUAUAUGAAGAUACAGAUUUCCAAAACGAAAUCUUAAUUUAAAGCUUGAGUAAGCUUGUAAGAAGAAGCCAAUGAACUGCACUCGGACUCGCUUAGUGUGGGAUCAGACAAAGACUGGGGAUCUUUUUUUAACGGACCAGCAUAUUACAGAUCUGGAAGCAUGAUGACAUCAUCCUGCUGUAACAGGAUUUUACAAGUUGUAUUUAUUCAAGGUGUUAUUUCUGGCUCUGUGUGUCUAAAGAGAUACAUUUAAAAAGAGACUGAAUGCCGUAUACAAGAAUGUAUACUAGACCUUAAGACACUCUUCGUGUUUGCUAUUGGAAACCUGAUACAAAUAAAGAUUCUUAGUGCUUUUCAGUGUUUACAUCAAAUCUUUAACUUACUGUAACUACCACAUAGAUAACGUUUACCUUAAUUCUGAGUUACAAGAAGCCGACAAACAAUGAACCUCUUACUUGCCUGCUUACCUAUAACACCCUGAAAAGGGCAGAACCACACAGCAUCUACCAGAAGGACACAAAUUUAAUCUGUCUUUAAUACUGUGAUGUGGCGGCCCUCCAUACCAGGAAUGCAAAAAUGUUGCAUCCAGAAAAUGAUGACUUU